CUGUUCCCACCGACCUGGGCCUGGGGAACCUGCAACCAAGGUCCAUGCCCUUGACCCGCGACCCUCCGGUCCCGCGCUGAUGCUCUACCCGCCCAGGGCACAGGCCGGGCUGCAGCGGCCAUUUCUCUGUGAGUCUGUGCUGAGCAGCUGUGGGCUGUUGGAAGCCGCGACCUGGUGAUUCUGAACAGGAGCCAGAAGAGCCCGGAUGAACCCUGCUUCCUCUCCCUGCGCUGUGACCCCAGUGGAGUUGCUCUCCUUUGGUGAAAAGCCGUGUGUGUUCGUCAGUAAAGUUGUGGUGCACGUGCGACCCGUCCCAGCAAAGUCUCCCACAAGCUCUCCUGCUCUGGGGUCCAGGGUGGACCUCGAGAGGGUCCACGCCAUGGUGGAGGCCAUGGGGUCCUCGCUGUCCCCUGGAGCUCAGCAGCUGAUGAGUAUGGUCAGGUUCCAGCAGCAGCGCUGCAUUCCCCUGGGGGAGCAGCUGCAGGCGGUUCUGGGGAGCGCUGCCUCCAGGCGGAUGCUGGGCCUGUGGGCCCCGGCGCCCUCGGGAACCUGCGACAGGCCAACCUGCGCACCUGUGCCUCUCAGAGCCGGGCUGACUUCGGGACGCGGGACAGAAGACGUGACAGCUCCCGGGGAGGAGAACGCACGGCCCCCCGGAGGAGGGAACCCCGCACCCCUGGGAGAGUGGGACACUGCGCCCCAGAGCCAUCCUCUCCCGGGGAGCGACCUUCAGCUCGCAGCGGCGUCUUCCUUACCAAAGAGGCCGAGUGACAGCCCCGCGGCCCCUGCCCCCGAGCUGCUGCCCCUCCUGCAGGACGUGUGCGGGCAGGUGCGCCGGCUCCGUGGGGCUCAGAGCGCCGCGUGGCCGGGACACGUCCCCACGCCCAGCGAAGGCGGCCUUGGUGGUGGGAUGGGAGAGCCGCCCGCCUGCUCCUACUUGGAAAAGAUUCUGUGUAAGAACCUGGAGCUGAUGGAGCGGAGGCUGACGGACUACCUGGACGAGCGGCUGCGCGCCCUGCAGGAGCACGUGGAUGGCAAGGUGGCGCUGCUGGCGCACCUGCUGCAGAGCCCCGGCUCCCCGCCCCCGGGGCUGCCGCUCACGCGCUACGACUCUGGAGACAGACUCUCCAACGGAGAGAGAUAGGCGCUCCGUGCGCCGUGCAUGCAGAUGUUUAUUACCUAUUUAUUACCACGCGACCCAAAGCUCCCACCCGUGUCGAUGUCAUUGGAGGAUCAGCAUCCUACUUGCAUCAAGUGACCUCAGCGUUCAUUCCCUGUGCUUGUGACGUGAACCCCGGCUGCAUGAGUGGGUGACCUUCCCUGAGCUUGUGACGUGGCCUCGUGCCACACCUGAGAGUGGAUGACCUUCUGUGAGCUUGCGACGUGCCCCCCCUGCCACACCU